AUGCAAGAAUUUGCUAAGGAAAUAGGUUUCAAACUAUUAAUUUCUACGCCAUAUUAUGCUCAGGCUAAUGGUCAGGUUGAAGCAACAAACAAGGUGCUAGUUAGUUCGAUUAAGAAACAUGUGGAGAAGAGGCCCAAAAACUGGCACAAGACUUUAGAUCAGGUUUUGUGGGCGUGUCGAACCUCUCCCAAAGAGGUCACUAACUCGACUCCAUUUCGACUGACUUUUGGUCAUGAUGCAGUUUUACCAGUCGAGAUUUACCUGCAAUCAACAAGAAUUCAGAGGCAUCAUGAAAUUCCAUCAGAAUCAUAUUGGAACAUGAUGCUUGAUGAGUUAGUUGAUCUAGAUGAGGAGAGACUCAAUGCCUUUGAAUUAUUGAAAAGGCAGAAGAAGAGAGUAGAGGAAUCUUACAAUAAGAAGGUUAAAGUUAAGAUGUUUUUGCCUGAAGAAUUGGUUUUGAAAGUGAUCCUUCCAAUGGAUCGAAAAGAUAGGGCCUUAGGGAAAUGGUCCCCCAAAUGGGAAGGUCCUUUUCAAAUUUUGCAAGUAUUCCCUAAUGGUGCUUAUGAGAUCGAGGAUCUUAAUAAAGAUAAAAGAAUCUUAAGGGUGAAUGGAAAAUAUUUAAAGAAAUAUAAUCCAACACUCCAAGAGAUAAAAAUAACGAACGAAUAA